UAAUCGAAUUGUUUGUAAAAGAUAAGCUGAUAUAUAUUGUUUUAUACAUUGCGGUAAACGUGUGCCAUACUAUAAAUAUAAUUAGCAAAGUGAGCCAUGGUUGUAACAGGUGAAGAAAUGGAUCCUGAAGAUGACGAUCCGAAACUCAAGAUUUAUCUACCCUCGCAGGACAGUGGCGUCGACAGCACUGAGUACCUAAACCGAUACAUCAAACGUGAAUUUCCAACCCAAGAUGGCGCCGCUAGGGUGUACAGCAUUCCGAGAGUGUUACAAAAAUCGGGGGAAAAACAGGCGAGUCUUGCAGAGGAAGAAAUUUUCAACAAAUUAACCCAAUUUGGAAGAAAUGACAAGUUUCGGGGUUUGUGGAUGCUUUUCUUCCAUAGCACGUCAUAUGCUGGACAUUCUUUUCGUAAUCAAAGAGUUGGAAAACUGAUGAUUCGAGAGCACGACUUUGUCGUUUUUGUCACAUUUAAAGGUGGCCAUUUUGUGGUUUUGGUUGAAGUCAAAUCGACAAAUGACAACAACACUCGAAUCAAUUUAGAAAAAAUAAGCGAUGCUAAAAUUAUCAAAAACAAUAAACGAUCGGCUCAACACCAACUUCGCGACCACUUAGAAAUCCUCCAAAACAUCCUCGGCGAAAAACCCCUCCAAAAAGGGAUCCAAAACUACAUAAUGUGGCCGUUUUUAAGUCCUAACACUCGAGACCCCAAACAACAAGUCACCAAACGAUGGAAAGAGGACCACAAUUUGCACGUUUUUGAAGAUACAAUUUCAGAUCAAUUGAAAUUUGAUGAUUGGUUUUUUGAUAAUGUGCUCAGUGGUGCCAACGUUGACGAGGGCACUUUUUUUAAACUUUUGAACAGAUUUAUUAUUUUGGGUUGUGGGACUUUUGUUGAUGAAAUUGAUCGCGGGUUGAUGGCCCUUCUCACCCAGGAACAAAUGGAGCUUUUGAAUGCUGAUGUCGAGCGGCGAGAGAAGAUGCUGGUAGUUCAUGGGGCUGCCGGGACUGGUAAGACAAUGCUGGUUUUAAGGAAACUUCAGCAGCUUUACCAGGAUGGCAAACUUAAUGAACAAAAUCGAGCACUUUAUAUCUGCUACUGGCCUGGAAUUAGGUACGACAUGGAGAUGAAAAUGGAGGCUCUGGGGAUACGCAAAUAUGUCGACACGAUUCGAUUUUUCAUCUCAUUGUCUGACUUCUCCAAAAACAAUAAAAAUUCAUAUAAACAUGUAUUUAUGGACGAAGCUGAGGCCAUCUUCCUGGCCCUAGAUGGCGCAAUUAUCCGCAAUACUCUCAACGCCAUCUACCGGUACUACCACGACGGUAAUUGCAAUCUUAAAUCUUGUCCAGAUGCAAUAGUACACUCGAGUGACAAUAUUUUGGAAAAAAUACACACCCAUGAUGGUACAAACUGGGGAGAGCUGUGGUUCAUGGUUGAUAUAAAUCAAGCCUCUCUUUUCCUCCCCAAACCAUCGCCACAAAUCCUCAAAACGCCAUCUUUGAUUCUAACUAAAGUCAUGCGUUCAACUGGGUUUAUUUUUGGAGUGUUUAAACAAUUCUACAGUGUUCCGAUGCCCCUCCUCCCUAAGAAAAUUCUACAAAAUGUCAACAUACCCGAAAUUACUAUAGGACACCAUGUGUGUGGGCCUCCAGUAUACUGGGUGAACUCAGAAAACAACAUCGAUAAGGUCCUAGCUAGAGUCAUUAUAGAUUUGUGUUCUAGCAAAGGGAUCAAAGCACAUGAUUUGUGUGUGAUCCCGUUUCUUGUCAAUGAAAAAUUAAUUCCUGAAACUAUCAAUAAAUAUAUCAAUGAGGAAUUUGUCGAAAAUAGUUUUAGGCCAAAUGCGGUUCACGACGUUGAACAUUUUUUGAAACAUAAGGAGAUUAAUAAUUUUUUGAUUACAUGGGCUUUGAGGGUGAAAGGGUUGGAGUUUAAGGUUGUUAUUAUGGCUUUUGAUGGAGACGAUUUUGAUUAUAAGAAUGCUGAGGACCGAAAGAAAGCUUACAUUAUGGCGUCGAGAUGCACUUCUUUGCUUAUUGUGGUCAGUAAUGAGAAAGUUAAGGAUGAUCUUGAUUUGGAUCGCUGUUUCCAGAAAUAUCCCUUUUGUACUAACUUGUAACAAAAUAAAAUAUGUCAUCUGUAUUAUAAAAAGAUAUUUUAUCUACCUCUUCAAGUAAAUUUCACAUUCAAUUGUGCCCCCAGAGAAAAAAAAUUGUGAUACGCCACUGGUAAAUCUCAAGUCUAGUUAAAUGACAGCAAUUUUGACAGAUAAUUGUGAGGUUAUGUCAUCCAAUUCACAAAGAAUGUAUUUUUUGCAUAAAUAAUUAAUUACAUAACUCAGGACUUUGACUGUAAAUACAAUUAAUAGUGAAAAAAUACAACGUUUGCAAGCACUAGAAACAUGGCUGGACGUGUUUUAGAGGCCGCAGGUCUUAUGAAUUUUAUACGAAGUAGCAAAGGAUUUGAUAAAGUUUUAGAAAAAGU